AUGUCUGAAGGAAAAUUCCCAGGUGCCAUUGGUAUCGAUUUGGGUACUACGUACUCAUGUGUUGCUGUCUACGAUAAGACAGCUGGUGUUGAAAUUAUUGCCAACGAACAGGGUAACAGAACCACCCCAUCUUACGUUGCUUUCACGCCAGAAGAGAGAUUGGUUGGUGACUCUGCCAAGAACCAGGCUGCUUUGAACCCAGAGAACACUGUGUUCGACGCCAAGAGAAUGAUUGGUAGAAGUUUCACUGACGAGAGCAUCCAAAAGGACAUGAAGACAUGGCCUUUCAAGGUUGUCGACGACAACGGAAACCCAAAGAUCGAGGUUGAGUACUUGGGUGAGAAGAAGAGCUUCUCCCCACAGGAAAUCUCAUCUAUGGUUUUGAACAAGAUGAAGGAGACCGCUGAGGCCAAGAUUGGCCAGCCAAUUGAGAAGUCUGUCAUUACCGUUCCAGCUUACUUCAACGAUGCUCAGAGACAGGCCACCAAGGAUGCUGGUGCAAUUGCUGGUAUGAACGUUUUGAGAAUCAUCAACGAGCCUACCGCCGCCGCCAUUGCUUACGGUUUGGGUGCAGGUAAAUCCGAAAAGGACAGACACAUUCUUAUUUUCGACUUGGGUGGAGGUACUUUCGAUGUCUCUCUUUUGAACAUCAAGGGUGGUGUCUUCACUGUCAAGGCUACUGCUGGUGACACUCACUUGGGUGGUCAGGACUUUGAUAACAACUUGUUAGACUUCUUGCAGAAGGACUUCAAGAGAAAGACUGGCUUGGACAUCUCUGGAGAUGCCAGAGCUUUGAGAAGAUUGAGAACUGCUGCCGAGAAGGCUAAGAGAACUUUGUCCUCUGUUACGCAGACUACAGUUGAGGUUGACUCCUUGUUCCAGGGUGAGGACUUCUCUUCUUCUAUCACAAGAGCUCGUUUCGAGGACUUGAACAGUGAACUUUUCAAGUCUACUUUAAAACCAGUUGACCAGGUCCUCAAGGAUGCAUCCCUUGCUAAGGCUGAUGUCGAUGAGGUUGUCUUGGUUGGUGGUUCCACAAGAAUUCCAAAGGUCCAGAAGUUGUUGUCUGAUUUCUUUGACGGCAAGCAGUUGGAGAAGUCCAUCAACCCUGAUGAGGCUGUUGCCUACGGUGCUGCUGUUCAAGGUGCUAUUUUGACCGGCCAGUCCACCUCUGAUGACACCAAGGACUUGUUGUUGUUGGAUGUCAUUCCAUUGUCUCUCGGUGUUGCUAUGCAGGGUAACGUUUUCGCCCCAGUUGUUCCAAGAAACACAACUGUUCCAACCAUCAAGAGAAGAACUUUCACCACUGUUGAGGACAUGCAGACCACUGUUCAGUUCCCAGUUUACCAGGGUGAGAGAGUCAACUGUGCCGAGAACACUUUGCUCGGUACCUUCGACUUGAAGGGAAUUCCACCAAUGUCCGCUGGUGAGCCAGUCUUGGAGGCUAUCUUCGAGAUUGACGCUAACGGAAUUUUGAAGGUUACCGCCGUCGAGAAGUCUACCGGUAAGUCCGCUAACAUCACCAUCUCCAACUCUGUUGGUAGAUUGUCUAGUGAGGAGAUCGAGAAGAUGAUUGACGAUGCUGACAAGUUCAAGAAGGCCGACGAGCAGUUUGCCAAGAAGCACGAGGCUCACCAGAGACUCGAGUCUUACGUUUCAUCUGUUGAGUCUACCAUUACCGACCCUGUUCUUUCUGCUAAGAUGAAGAAGUCCCAGAAGGGCAAGAUCGAGAAUGCCUUGUCCGAUGCUUUGGCUUCUUUGGAGUUGAAGGACGCAAGUGCCGACGACUUGAGAAAGGCCGAGUUGAACUUGAAGAGAGCUGUUAACAAGGCUGUCAGCCGCCAUUAA